AUGCCAAGCAUGCGCGCUCUUCACCAAAAAAAAUACGGGGACGUGUCGACCUUUGAAAUGGGCGACCUCCCGGUCCCCACGCCGGGUACUUCAGAAGUGCUUCUCCGCGUGCAUGCAGCGGGGCUCAACCCCAUUGACUUGAAGCGUUCGUACCUGUGCAAUCCCGAUGACGAGACGUUCCCCGUUGUGACGGGGUACGACGUCGCGGGAGUUGUGGAAUCCGUGGGGUCUGGCGUGACCGACUUCGCGCCUGGCGACCGCGUGUUCGGAGAUCCUCAGGAGCCGUCCGGUGCUGCCAAGAGCACUGGCACUGUUGCCGAGUUUUGCGUCGGCAAGCAGCAUUUGCUGGCGCGCAUGCCGGAAGGAACAUCGUUUGUGGAGGCCGCGGCGUUGCCCGUGGCGGCAUGCACCGCGGUUCAAGCCCUUGAAAUCGCGGGGCUCAAGGAAGGGGAUAAAUUAUUUAUUUCUGGUGGGGCGGGUGGCGUAGGCAUUCACGCGAUACAGAUUGCCAAGGCGUUGUUUGGAGCGAGUGAGGUGGCGACAACGGCAUCUGCGGUGAAGACCGAUUUUGUCAAGAUGUACGGAGCGGACAAAGUGGUGGACUACAAGACUGAGGACGCAGGGAAAGUGCUGGCGGGAUGGGCAGAUGUAGCUCUGGAUACCACGUCCGAGAGCGAGAUGGAGAAACGGGUGCUGAAGGAGGGGGGAAGCUUGGUAUCGAUUGCAGAGUUUGGGACGCCGGGAGUGCGGGCGAUGAUGCUGGAGCCAGGGAGGAAGCUGCUGGAACAGUUGGCAAAGUUGUUGAAGGAAGGAAAGCUGAAGGCCGUGGUGGAUAGCGUGUACGAGCUUGAGGAAGGGGUGAAGGCGGUGCAGCACGUGGCUGGAGGGAGGGCGAAGGGGAAGGUGGUCGUCAAGGUGCAUGAAUAGUGAACGGAUAGAGUCGUCAUACAGCCGUAAGACUUUCAUAAAACUUCAAUAAAAAGUCAUGAAAUUUAGAAAUUUUCUGCUUCA